GUGAUGUGAGCAGGGACGCAGGAAGGAGGAGAGGGACCAACACAAGAGAAGCAUAGAGGGAAUAAACUGAGGACGGAGCUGGACUACAUACCUAGUCUGAGGGAGCCAGAUUAGCAGUGACUCAGAGCUUUUGGAAUAUUAACCACCAGAGAAUAUGGCUUUGCACCACUGUUUGCCUGCAUAGUGCAUAUUCAUGUGAGUUUAUGUGUGCCACCGAGGGACUGAAGGGAGAAGGAAUUCAACCUUAUUAUAAGAGAGUCUCUCAGUGCCCCCCUCCUCAAAGACUUGAAGCAGAGGAGCACAGAGGGGGACAAGGUGGUAAGGGGGCUAGGGGGACCCCCACUGCACCAAGAACACCUAGGACAAAGUGAGUGGAACCAAACGCUAACAAUGAUGUAAUGGUGAAGGUGGACACCAGCUCUCCAGGGUUUUCAGGCCUCUGAGCCAGUUGACCAGGUGAUGGGGAGACGGGCGGCUGACCUGACCACCGCCGUGCCAGUACUAGGAGUUCCCGCCCUGGUGGGGGUACGUGAUUGGAGGACAGUAGGAGGGGAAAGGGCCGGGGAAGUGCUGCCCCUGACAUGGGGUCCCCAGUGCAGCAUCGGAGUGCAGACUUCGCCUGGUGUAAGAGCCCCUCCCAUUCUGCAGGGCACGCAACUAAUUGGCACAUUCCCUGUCCAAUCAGACAGCAGGAUUACUCCCAAAUCCAAUGGCUACAUCCCAAAGGAGCCAAAGGAAGAGGAAGGAAUCAGACAGACUAAGAGUGUCAGAGAAAGAGUGGUUAUUACAAAACAGAGGAGUUUAGAAUCCAAGAUCAAACAGGGUGUCACUUUUGAAGGGAUUUCCAGUAAACUCACAAAGAAUGUGUUCUUCAACCAACGGAAAAGUGGGACUUAUUGCUAUGCCCGGGCAAUCAAGACUAACCCACACUUAUCAGGGGGCAUGGGGAAUAGCAAGCUCAAAGGGAGGCGGGACAUGCGCUACACCAAUGGCAGUGUAGUUGACUCUGAGGCUAUAGGAGGGAUUUGUAUUGACGGCAGUGAUGAGGCAGAGCCCGUCUCAACCAUGUCCUCUAGAGAAGGGGACCAAUCAAAACCUAAAGAGCAUUCUGUGGCAUAUUCAUAUUGUGGGAAUACAAAACGACCACGAGCUCCCCCACCUCUCUGGAUGCCCCAGCGGAUCUGCAGCCACUGUGGAGGGAGACAGACUGUGGUCCCAGGAGCUGGAGCUGCCAGUCUGGGAGAUAAGAGCCCUUCCUCUGCAUGCCCUGAAGGAAUAGCAGCCAUGAAAGCACCUCCUUCACUCACAGACAGAAACAACCUUCCCCUUUCACAUACUGAGAAAGAGAGAGACUCUGCGUUCUCUCCUCUGAGGCUUGCAGACAGGGAUCGGAUACAAAGCCAGUGGACACACACAGACUCUCUACCCCCCCACCCCCACUGUAAUCCCCCUAUUCAGAACAACAAAGACAGGAAACCCAAUCUGCCUGAAAGCCCAGCGCCUGCAUGUAAGAACAGAGAUCUGAAACAGACUAAUGGUUAUGCCUCCCAUCCCACAUACCCCCUUCAUACAUCUAUCCGAGACCCAGUAGAAACCGCAGACACACCUUCACAAAAACACUCAGACAAGGCAGCCAGCCUCACAAGCAUCUUACACACAACGACGGCGACAGUCACCAAGGCGACUAUUGAACCCAGGCGUACAGAUGCCAACUUCCUUGAGACCCCAUCUCACUUGAGGAAGAUUCCUCGACCAACACCACUCACAUUUUCUCCCCAAAUCGCCGUGGCCACAAGGCCAAACACGCCACGCACACACCGUAAGCAUCCGAAGACACUCACACAUCCAAACACACAACCCAAACCCUCAAUCACAUCUAGUCACCCGUACCCUGUAAACCCACCACACAGAACCUCUCCUCUAAACCAUGUAAACCCAUCCUGGGUUAUUACAUCCCCUAAGCCUGAAAACACUCCACACACAACAACUCUUUCUUUCACUGCUACGACAUUACAUAGAAGCGCACCCCCUUAUCCCACUAAACCUCCUAAGUCUCCAAAGGCACUCACAGCUGCACCACCUACCCCUGUAUGCACACCGACAACAACAACACUCCCAAACACAGCUACUACGGCGACAUAUAGAAGACUCCCUAGCCAUGCUAACACGUCACACACAACUACCACGUCAGCAAACACACCAUAUACCGCCACUCUGGCUAACCCUUAUAACACAUCACACACAACUACACCCACCUACUAUUAUACCACAAUACGCACCACUACACUCCCAAAGCCUUUGUCCCAUACCCCUAACCAUUCAAACACAUCGCACACACCUACAUCCCCUUACUUAGUUUACACAUCCCCCAAAACACCCAACAGUGUUGAGAACGCGUCACAGGCAACUACAUCUACUCGGCGUCAUCCCUCAACCACAUCCCUGACUGACUCGAGACCAUUGAUCGUGACGCAGAUGCAAUACAAUAAACCAGCUGACCCAUCAGACAGAUCACAUAAUAAGAUAACACUCACAAAGACACACGCUGAACACCACUACCACGCAAACACUCAUAAGCGAUUUGUCGUUGAACCAAUAAUGCACGCAAAUGUAUAUCCAAAGCUACUGACCGUCUCCACCAGAAACACACUCUGUAGCCCUGUCAUCGCGGCACAGACAAACGAGGAAAGGGACUCUAGAAUGUCCCAUGCAUCAAAGGUCACUGACCUCCCAGAAUGCGUCGCUGAAAAGGAUGCAAACAAAGAAGGAGAAGAGCAGGGACACUUCGCCACAAACCUAAAACUUGGGUCUGAGCCUCAGAUACGCUCCCACACAGAGCACAUUCCCCCCAGCGCAUUCCCCACUCGUGCAAAUACCACAUCCACAUUCGGACUUGACGGGCAGACAUACACAGAUGACGCUCCACCUUCCGUCACACCACAGACACGAGCAGACCCUAACGUCCUCAUUGCAACCCAGACGAACACUUCUGCACGUGUCAAACCCGUCACCAAAACACCAAGCCCCACACACCGACUCAUACCACAGGCCCGUCCAUACACCAUCACUGAUCUCCUCACACACACACCCAUAGACCCCGAGUGCUACCGCCUUUUGCCUCCAUCCCGCAUGGCUCACCUAGCCUCCUACACCCUCACCCAUCCCAAUCAGACACACCAGAUGAUCCAUCCAGUAUUUCCGUUUUUAUCGUCAAGCACCACCCCGCAGCCAUCCCAAGACGAUUCCAGGCUGGCUCACUCCCACCCGGCUGACGCAGCACUGCUGCUGCCCCCUUCCCCACAGUGCAGCAGGCCAGCCCCGCUCCAACGGAGGCUGCAGUUUGUAGAGGCCAACCUGGCAGCCAACCAGGACAGGAUCACUACCCUUCUCAACAUCAUCCAAGACCUGGAGAUGAGCCAAGCUCUCAGCAAGGGGUAA